UUCCUUCAGGGAUGUUUGUUUUCUGGCUGCUUCAACGGAGGUUCGUGUUUGCCCAACGGGGAAAAACAAACAUAUUCAUGCUCGUGUAAGCUUCCUUGGACCGGAGACAGAUGUGAUAUUAAAAUGAGUGCGUGAUUCUAAAUUUUCUUCACAAAUGGAUCCUAAACUUUGCUUAAAAAUACGAAGCGAAAUUAGUAACUUACCGUAGAUGUUCCAAAGCUCUGGUUUUGGAGAAAAAAAAACGAAACAAAACAACAAGGAAUCGUGAUUUAAAGGAAAAGGCGACACUGAGUCAAAAAAAGUAACAAAUAAUUACAGUUCAAUAUACCCCAGAUGAUAAGAUUGCUUGAUUGUGAAUUCGAAGUUAAACUAUACUCUUGUUGUUUAUUAAUAUUUCAGCGGCAACGACAUGCAAGGAAAUAUAUGACAACAAAUUGUAAGUUAUACUCUAGAAAUAUUUAUAUUAACACUUCUCUUCCGAUAUUCUUCAUUUAAAUCUCUGGUCUGAUAAACACUUCUUGUAAUAAUAAUUUACCAUUACAUUGUAUUGUAUCAUCGUGCUCAUCUAAAACUUUAGAUAUGCCCAGAGAAUAUUAUUAGCUUUUAGCCAAAUUUUUAUUCAGCCUACAGUUUUUUUCCUUUUAUUUGCAUUUCCAGUGCCAAUGACAACAGAGCUUACCCCCUACAAGUGGAUUCUAAGAGUUUUCUUGUUUAUUGUCACCUAACCAGCCUUGGCGCAUGUGGUGAAGGAGGCUGGACGCUGGUUAUGAAAAUAGAUGGCUCUAAGGUGCAUACCUGGUUGUUUGUUUUGCUUAUCUGUUUGUCUGUUUGUUUAUAAGUUUUUUAUUAACAGUUUUGUUUUAUGUUGUUAUUAUUGUUUUAUUGCAGUAGAAGCAUCACUAACUACACUGAACAUGAUUACAUCAUCAAGAGAUAUUAGAAAAUUUUAUUAUUCCAUAAAACAACUUCAAAGAUAAACAUUCUCAAAUAAUUUAUCAAGUCAAAGUAAAUGGUAUUCCGGGAGUAAAGUUAAUUGGCUGGUGGUUUGCUGGAAUGUCUUAGACGAGUUUAAAUAGACAAUGAAUGGGAUGUCCACGUAACCAAAUUUUGCGAUUCAGGGUGGGUUGCUUCAAGAUCCUCCCGGGAUCUCUUAGAAUAAGAAUGCUCUGAGAAAAGGACUGGGGGAGAGGUAGAGGCAUGAGGGUUAGUGCGCCGAGAUCCGGAUCGAGAGGUCUGGGAUCGACACCUGACCGGGUCAUCGGGCUGUGUUCUCUGACAACACACUUUACUCUCACAGUCUCUCUCUACCCAGGGGUGGAAAUGGGUACCGGCGAGGAGGAAGGCCUGAUGAAAUGCGGGGGGGUAACCUUGCGAUAGACUAGCAUCCUAUCCAGUGGGGAAGGGGUGAUACUUAUAGUUGCUUCUUACCAUGAAAACCGGGAUAAACAUAAGCUACGGCUGGGUGAGCCUCAUGGCCCAAGUAUGGACUAAGGAAAGGACUAUUUGAUAGUUUCAAUCUCUUGCUGUUAUUGUCUCUCAUAUCUAUUGCUGAUCACCAGCUAACUUUUCAUUACGAUGCAAAUAUCUGGAGCAAUAAGGAAACCUUGAACCUGGACGGCGGAAAGACUGGCUUUGACUCACAGGAGACCAAGUUACCGACUUAUUGGAACACAUCUUUCACAAAGAUCUGUCUCGGUAUGAAAAUCGGUGAACAGAACAACUUCAUUCCUAUAGACAAGUCGGCUAGCUCACUGUAUUCACUAAUCGCAGACGGAACAUACCGCGCUACUUCCCUGGGUCGAGACGCGUGGAAGAAACUGAUUGGUUCACAGGCCUCUUUGCAGCUCAAUUGCAACAAAGAGGGGUUUAAUGUUCGUAGUUUCAGAUAUGACAGGUCUAAGGCAAGGAUUGGAAUUAUUAGUAAUAACGAGAAUGAUUGUAGGAGUGCAGAUUCAAGAAUUGGUUUUGGAACUGGAGGCUUCCCUUCCAACGAACUCACUUGUGGAAAUCGAGCCAGAUUUGCAGACGAUGAUAAUGGUGACAAAUUUAUCACAGCCAUGGGGUAUAUUCUAGUGCAGUGA